AAAAGAACCCAGCUUAUGGAGCGUUGGGCAAGGUGGGAGAUCAGUAAUUUUGAGUAUCUAAUGCAACUCAAUACAUUGGCUGGGCGUAGUUAUAAUGAUAUAACCCAGUAUCCAGUUUUCCCCUGGAUUCUUUCUGAUUACAGUUCAAAGAGCUUGGAUCUUUCUAAUCCUUCUUCUUACCGGAUCUUUCAAAGGUUAUAAUGAAUGUUGCUUUGAUGAAAUCAAGUGAAAUUACUUCAUAUUUUAAAUUUGUAAUUUUUUAUAUCAUGCAGCCUAUUGGAGCACUGAACCCAGAUCGUCUUAAAAAAUUUCAAGAGAGAUACUCUAGCUUUGAUGACCCCGUAAUACCUAAAUUCCACUAUGGAUCACACUACUCAAGUGCAGGAACAGUUUUGUAUUAUCUUAUUAGGGUUGAACCAUUCACUACUCUUGCCAUCAAACUUCAAGGUGGAAAAUUUGAUCAUGCAGAUCGAAUGUUUUCUGAUAUUUCUGCUACUUGGAAUGGAGUUCUUGAGGACAUGAGUGAUGUGAAGGAAUUGGUUCCUGAGCUAUUUUACCUCCCUGAGGUCCUCACAAAUGAAAAUUCAAUUGAUUUUGGCACAACACAAUUGGGAGGAAAGCUUGAUACUGUAAAACUUCCUGCUUGGGCUGAGAACCCAGUUGAUUUUGUGCACAAGCAUAGGAUGGCUCUGGAGAGUGAAUAUGUAUCUUCUCAUUUGCAUGAGUGGAUUGAUCUUAUAUUUGGGUAUAAGCAACGGGGAAAAGAAGCUAUUGCAGCAAAUAAUGUUUUCUUUUACAUUACUUAUGAAGGGACAGUGGAUAUUGAUAAAAUAUCUGACCCGGUAUAUCUCCGUUGCAUCUUCAUAUUUUCCACAUUAAUUGUUGUAUGAGAACUACCUUCUUUGGUUAAAGGACUAAAGUACAUGUUAGCUAUAGUUAUGUUUGUCACUUAUAUAUGUGUUUGUUUCCAUAAUUUUGUUAGUGAGGAAAUUAACUUCUUAAGCUUGAUUGACAAUAAUGCAAACCUUUUUUUGUUGGUUAGCUGUCUUGUUUGUCAUGAUAAAUUUCCCUUGUGACCAGUACAAGAUGCAGAGAAACUGAGGAAAAUAUAACAGAUGAGAUGGAGAAAAAAUCG